CAACUUCCGGGUUAUGACUUCCGGCGACUGAAACGUCUACAGAUUUGACAUUAUUAUCUCUUAUGAGUGAAAUGUAAAGGAGCAGAUGUAUGAAGAAGCAAGUGGUUCAUAAAGAUUGCCUUAUAAGGCUCUAUGUGGCGAUACCUUGUUGAAAAAGAAGAAUUGAGGGAUCUCCAGCAGUAAAAAACAUGACAGGCCAUAUGACUGGGCCCAAGAAGCAGGCGCGGGAAGCCUUGUACAAAGUAGAAGGGAUCCUUCAACCAAAAGCUAAACUUGUAAAGCAGUCCUUGUGUUCUUGUGGGUUUCUGCUCUUGGCCUUGCAAACAAUCGGUCUCAUUCUUUUCUAUUAUGUCUUCUCUAUAGGGCUGACCUUCUAUAAUCAGAGGUUUAUUAAGAAAUUUAGCUACCCCAUGUCCCUUACCAUGGCCCACUUUGUCAUUAAGUUCAUCCUGGCAGCUGUGAUACGUUCUUUAUUAGAGUGGAGGAAGGGUGAACCAAGAAUUAUGCUACCUUGGCCUAUGUAUAUAAAAAAGCUGGCCCCAACAGGUCUCACAGCAUCUGUAGAUAUAGGACUGUCCAAUUGGAGCUUUGAAUUUAUAACUGUGUCAUUGUAUACCAUGACAAAAUCAGUAGCCAUACUAUUCUUACUAUUUUUUGCAAUUAUUAUGAAAUUAGAAAAAAUGAGGGUUGGCUUAAUAUUUGUGGUGCUAUUUAUCGCUGGCGGUCUCUUCAUGUUCACAUUCCAUUCGACACAAUUUAACCUUGAGGGGUUCAUACUGUGUUUGACAGCGUCCGCUCUUAGUGGUCUUCGCUGGAAUCUUGCUCAGAUUGUUACGCAGAAAAAGGAGAUAGGUUUAUCCCAUCCUUUAGAUCUGAUGUACCAUGUACAACCAUGGAUGAUUGUAGGACUACUGCCACUUGCUGUGGCAUUUGAAGCUGUUCCCCUGGCAACAACAGAGAACUUCUUCAGAUUUCAUGACACAAAAGUCCUCCUCACAAACUUAGGCCUAGUCGUUCUAGGAGCUUCACUUGCAUUCUUUCUCGAAUUCAGCGAGUUUCUACUAGUCUCACGUACAUCUAGUCUUACUCUUUCUAUAUCAGGAAUUUUCAAGGAAAUCUGCACAUUAUUUAUUGCCUUUGAAUUCAACCAUGACCAGAUCAAAUUCCUAAAUGGUUUAGGGCUGGUUGUCUGCAUAAUCGGAAUUAUUAUACACGUCGUAAUGAAAGCAGUAAACAGAGGUGAAGAUGAUGCAGUAAAUGACAAUGAUGGAGAUGAAACUGAAAUGCUGAUGUUAAAUGGAGAAGCCAACACUGAAGGAGAGGAGAGCGAAGACGAUGUAUUCAAUGUGAGGACUGAUAGGUAGCAUUUAUUGUUCAAUGUAAGGACCGAUAUGAAGCAUUUGUUCAAUGUGAGGACCAAUAGUAAGGAUUUCCUGCUUUCAAUGUGAGGACCGAUAAGUCAAUCAUUUGUUCAAUGUGAGGACCAAUAGUAAGGAUUUCCUGCAUUAAAUGUGAGGACCGAUAGGUGGAUCAUUGUUCAGUGUGAGGGCCAACAAAGCAAUACUUGGAGUGACUGUGAUCACUAGCACUUAAUCGACUGUUUCAUUUGAGAAUUA